AUGAAAUACCUGUGUGCAAUUAUUAUUUUUUGUAUAUCUCUGCGUGAAAGUGAGUCCGUUGGCUCGGAUAGAUUGGAAUCUCUCUCACCGUUAAAGGCGAAUGCGACAUCAGAGCAAAAAAUAUGGAAUAUUAAACUUGACAUUAAUUUCUCGAAGACCCUGCCACCAGUGGUGAAGAGGCCGCCUGGACAUGACGUCAGGUUUAAAUGCGAGGCUGUUAUGAACUUUACCAAAGUAGCGACAUUCACGAAAAACAAGGAAGCGGUAGAAACUGCGCCUCAAGAUGUCCCUGACCAUAUACUUCAGACUUUGAUGAAAAAUGUCAAGGUCUAUUGGCAGAAGGAUAAAAAAACGAUAACGGAAAGUCUACGAGUUAAACUAACAACGAAAAUUGACAAAACAAAUGGCACUGUAGGCACAAAUCUUAGAAUAAAAGAUUUAACUGCUAGUGAUGAGGGAAGUUACACCUGCAUUAUAAAACAAACAUAUGAAAAAACUCAAACAACAAGACUUAUUGUGGAAAAAGACACUGAGGAUAUAGAAAACUUUGAACUGCCAACAUACACAUCACUAUUUCCAAAUUCUGAUGUUACAAAACAUUUGGACAUUGUUGUCAAUACAACAGACUUAACUCCAGAAGGAUUGAUUACCACCACUACAGCUGUUAGAAAGAAACCUUUAAUUCCCGAGAAACUAGAACCUAUUUGCCAAGAAUAUGUGGGGAAUGUUUGUUCGACACAUCUAAAAGGUCACUUUGUUUACAUUCCAUAUCACACAACACAGUCUGCUAUUGAAGAGAAACUAAUGAAAGCAAUUCAAGUUACUAGGUUCUCCAAUGACAUAAGCUCUCAAUGUGAAGGUUAUGCAUUACCCAGUCUAUGUUACUCAACAUUCCCAAUCUGCAGAGAUCCUAUGGUCAAUAAUGAGAACUUCUUUAUACAAGCUAAACAAAUAUCAGCUACAAUAUCCGCUUUAAAUUCUGAAGAUGAUAGACCUAUAGUGUUUGAAAACUUGCCUCAAGAAAUAAACUCUGGAUUUAAUGUUACCAGCUUAUUAGAAAUGUUAAAUUAUCGACAUAAUUCCACAGUGCUCAGAAGAGUAUGUAAGCAAGACUGUGAGAUUUUAGAAAAUGAACUGUGUCAAAUGGAAUAUGCUAUAGCUAAAAGACAUCCCCAUAUAGGACAGCAGUUGACUCUGGAAGAGUGUCAAGAUUUGCUUGAUGAUGACCCCGAUUGUUUGAAAAUUGGUGUAGCAGCUGUCAUGGUCUCCGAGGAAGAAUGUUAUUGGGAAGAUGGAAGCGGAUACUUAGGAAAAGUCAAUGUAGCUGAUAAUGGCACCCCUUGCAUCCAGUGGUCAAAACAAUUACGGGUCAAAGUUUACAAAUACCCUGAGUUAGCAGGCCAACAUAACUACUGCAGGAAUCCUGGUGGCAUGAAACCUCAACCUUGGUGCUUUGUAGACAGAGAAGGAAAAAUUGAACAGCUUUGUGACAUCCCAAAAUGUGCUCACAAAAUUUGGAUCUACAUAGUCGUUGUUUUCUUAAUCCUGACACUAUCUGUUGUUGGUUUUAUUAUCUGUGUUUGUUAUAAACAGAGGAACAAAGGAAAUGCAGCUACAAUAAGAGACAUAAAUUUGCCAAACGCUGAUAAGAAUAUCUAUGGAAACUCUAGGUUGAAUUCUCCAAUAGAAAUGAGUGAUCUACUAAACAAUCAAAGCUUAGCUAACCAGCCUCAUUUGACCAGCAACACAAGAGGCAAUGGUGUUCUUCGUAUACCACAAUACUCAUUAUCCCAGAUAAAAUUUCUAGAAGAAUUAGGUGAAGGGGCAUUUGGAAAAGUUUACAAAGGAGCCAUAAAAUUACCUAAUGGUGAUACACAAUAUGUUGCUGUGAAGGCUUUAAAAGAGAAUGCAUCAAUGAAAACUAAGGCAGAUUUUAGAAGGGAAAUAGAUUUGAUAUCAGAACUGACACAUGAUAAUAUUGUUUGUAUUGUUGGAGUGGCACUAAGGGAGGAACCACUGUGUAUGUUGUUUGAGUUUAUGGCUAGAGGGGACUUACAUGAAUUUCUUAUGGGCCGAGCACCUCCUUCUGGUAAAGGAUUGCCACCAAUGAGGCUACUAAAUAUUGCCCACAAUAUUGCCUCGGGAAUGCUGUAUCUUGCCUCGCACCAUUAUGUUCAUAGAGAUUUGGCAGCCAGAAACUGUUUAGUAUCUGAUGACUUUAUCGUAAAAAUAUCCGAUUUUGGGUUAUCUAGAGAUAUUUAUAGCUCUGACUAUUAUAGAGUGCAAUCAAAAAGUUUACUGCCGGUAAGGUGGAUGCCCCCAGAGUCCAUACUCUAUGGAAAAUUCACCACUGAGAGUGAUAUCUGGUCAUAUGGUGUUGUUCUAUGGGAGAUUUAUAGUUACGGACUGCAACCUUAUUACGGGUACAGUAAUCAGGAAGUGAUAGCGAUGGUGCGCGGCGGCGAACUACUAGCGGCACCGACGGCUUGUCCCCUUGCCAUGUACCAACUCAUGCGGGACUGUUGGAGGCAUACGUCGCAGCGCAGACCCAACUUUGACGAGAUUGUCAGCAGAAUAGGAGAAUGGAUCCAAUUAGGUGGAUGUCCAGAACCCGCACCAUCCGAUUCCUCCAGCAAUUGUGGCCACAGGCCUACAGGGUCCACCAGAGAUCUCCAAGAGAGAGUACCACUACUCCCCCCUCACUGCUCCUCUUCAAACGGCUCCCUCGCCACUGGCAGCUUAAAGAAGUUCACAACAGCUGGCUCCAGUUCGAAAGUAGACGAUAACUGUUCGACCUGCAGUGAGGUACCACCCUUAGUUCCUAAAGCAAAGAAACACAGCUCCGGUUCUCUCAUAGACACUGAUAAAGUGGGUACUAAAGAAACUGUUGUUAGAAUACCUAAUUCGCAUUUCGGUAACGAAAUAUAGCCCCCAUUUUCUUUACCUUGGGUUAAUUAGCUAAGCUCCAACUCCAACUUUUGCGAAUGGUUUUUAUCGAAUAUUUGAUAUUAUACAUUGCAGCUACGUGAAGUACACCAUAUAAGACUGAUGCAGAAUUGUUGGCAAAACUGCAUUUUAUUGUAACUCCGAUUUUAUGACCAAUCCAGUAAAACACUUAUCUAAUACACAACUAUGUUAAAAAUUUAUUAGCUAGGUACACACCCACAGUACAGUAUGCAUGCGGAAUAGUUUUAAGGAUAUUUAAAAAUAACUGUAUAAAAAUAUUAAGUAGGAACUAAUUUAUUCUUAAGUUUGUAAGUUUUAUUCUCAUUGAAACAAAAUCAUUUUGGUUGGAAAUAAUAUUUGCUUUAAAAAGAAAUCCGCAGCUU